UAGGUGGUGUAGACUAGAAAUUAUUUAGUCAUGGAAAAAUUGUCACUGAUCACCGGGUUAGUGAUGUAAAAAUAAAUUCAAGCACACUGACAUGCAAAUACAGCCACAUGAGCAAUGGAGAUCUGGACUCGCUCAAUUGGUCCUAGAUUAGCAGUGAGUUUGUUUGCGCUGAUGUGGGUUAUUGUCCUAGGUGGUUCAGAGGAUGCUCUCAAACAAGGGAUUGAGCCUACAGAGGCUGUGGCUGCAGCUGGUGGCUUUACUGAAGCUUCACUUACGAAAUGUUGCCUGCAGGGUGCCCCUCAUUUUCCUGCUUUCUCUAUGGAUGGAGACUUUAUUAUUGGAGGUGUUUUGUCUUUUCACUACCAACUGUACACGGUGAUUUAUAACUACACCGUGAAGCCUGAACCUCUAAGAUGCACAGGAAGGUUUGAUGCUGAAGAUCUGCAGUUCUCCCGUGCAAUGAUGUUUGCUAUUGAGGAGAUAAACAACAGCUCAGAGCUGCUGCCGAACAUCAAACUUGGAUAUCAGAUCUGUGACUCGUGUGCUUCAGUUCUUAUGGCUAUACAUGCAGCUUUUCAACUAGUAAAUGGUCGAGACCCAGUGUUUUACAAAAACAGUAAUUGUUCCCAUACUGGUGUAGUGAUAGCUGUUGUUGGUGAGUCCGGAUCCACGCCAUCCAUCAGCAUGUCACGCAUCAUGGGGUCCUUCAACAUACCUUUGGUCAGCCAUGCUGCUACGUGUUCCUGUCUGUCAGACAAGCAGCAGUUCCCAACUUUCUUCAGAACAAUUCCCAGUGACCAGUUCCAGGCUGAUGCACUGGCCAAGCUGGUGAAACACUUUGGCUGGACUUGGAUAGGUGCUGUCCGCUCAGAGUCUGAUUAUGGAAAUUAUGGCAUGGCGUCUUUUAUUGCUGCAGCACAGAGAGAGGGAAUCUGUGUGGAGUACUCUGUAUCCUUCUUACGGACUGAUCCACAUAACAAAAUCCAGAGAGUAGCUGAUGUUAUUCGCAGGUCAACAGCUGUGGUUGUUGUGGCGUUUGCUGUCUUUGGUGAGAUGAAUGUUCUGUACGAGGAGCUGGUUCGGGAGCCUUCACCACCUCGUCAGUGGAUAGGAAGUGAGGGUUGGAUAACUGACCCACUCUUGAUGAGCCACAGUCUCUUCGCAGGAGCCAUUGGAGUUGGAAUCCAGCGGUCCGUCAUCCCAGGGCUGAGAAACUUCCUACUGGACCUUUCUCCCACUGAAGUAGCUGCCUCCUCAAUGCUGACUCAGUUCUGGGAGGAGGCAUUCAACUGCACACUCACAAAAAAUAAUGACUCAGGCAAGAGAGUGUGUGAUGGAACUGAAGACCUAAAAACUCUGAAGAACCCGUACACUGACACGUCCCAGUUAAGAGGCGUUAACAUGGUGUAUAAAGCUGUUUAUGCAAUAGCUCAUGCCACUCACAGUGCCGUGUGUCAGGACACAAACUUCACCUCUAUCUGUGACAAACACAAAAUAUUGGAGUCCAAACCGGUCUUAGCAGAACUACGGAAAGUCAACUUCUCCAGAAAUGGUUAUCCUGUAUCAUUUGAUGCUAACGGAGAUCCUGCAGCUUUUUAUGAGCUGGUCAACUGGCAGAAGAGUGAGAGUGGAGUUAUUGAGCUGGUAACAGUAGGGUACUAUGAUGCAUCACUGUCAAAGGGAAAGGAAUUUAAUAUGGGCAGGAAUAUAACGUGGGUAAACGGUGGCACACAAGUCCCAGUGUCCGUGUGCUCUGACAUUUGUCGUCCAGGAAGUCGUAAAGUCCUUCAGAAAGGAAAACCCAUCUGCUGCUAUGACUGUAUAACAUGUCCUGAAGGAGAAAUUAGCAACACAACAGAUUCUCCAGACUGUUCCCCGUGUCCCAGUGAAUUGUGGCCUAAUGCACAAAGAGACGCUUGUUUCCCCAUACCUGUGGAGUUUCUUUCCUAUGAUGAAGUCCUGGCAAUCAUCCUGGCUGCAUUCUCUGUUAGUGGGGCCUGUCUGGCCAUCAUAACAGCAGCUAUUUUCUUUCAUCACAGAAGAACUCCAAUUGUCAGAGCCAACAACUCUGAGCUGAGCUUCCUGCUGCUCUUCUCUCUGACUCUGUGUUUCUUAUGUUCAUUAACUUUCAUCGGAGCUCCCUCUGAUUUGUCCUGCAUGCUGCGACACACAGCGUUUGGUGUCAUCUUUGUUCUCUGUAUCUCCUGUGUUCUUGGCAAAACUGUAGUGGUUUUAAUGGCCUUUAAAGCUACACUUCCAGGUAGUAAUGUCAUGAAAUGGUUUGGGCCUCCACAACAAAGACUGACUGUUGUGUUUCUUACUUUAAUUCAAGUCAUAAUUUGCACUGUGUGGCUGUUACUCAGCCCUCCAUUCCCAAUGAAGAAUGUGAGCACAUACAAGGAGAAGAUCAUCCUGGAAUGUGCAUUAGGUUCUGCUGUUGGGUUCUGGGCUGUGCUCGGGUACAUUGGCCUGCUGGCUGUUUUCUGCUUUGUGUUAGCUGUUCUAGCUCGGAAACUACCUGAUAAUUUUAAUGAAGCCAAGCUGAUAACCUUCAGCAUGCUGAUAUUCUGUGCAGUGUGGCUCACCUUCAUCCCAGCAUAUGUCAGCUCUCCUGGAAAAUUUACUGUAGCUGUGGAGAUAUUUGCUAUUCUGGCCUCCAGUUUUGGACUGAUUCUGUGUAUAUUUGCUCCAAAGUGUUUCAUCAUCUUAUUUCAGCCUGAGAAGAAUUCUAAGAAACAUGUAAUGAACAAAAACUGA